AUGAUAGAUGAACCGCUUGGUGAGCCUUCUAGCCAUUCUACAUCCUCUUUGGCGACUUUGGAUUUGAUAGAUGACAAUGAAAAUUCAGUGGUCUUCCAAUCGGGAGAAAUUGAUGAAGAAAGCUUAGGUAGCGAGGAAACGUCAUCAGAAAUUCAUAAUGUACCAUCCACACCCGACCCGAAACAACCGGGCAGUAGUGACCGUGGCACUCGUGGCAGUGAACAAAGUUUAAAUGAAGUGUCUGCUGAUCCUGCCUUAUGGAAUGUUGCCUGCAUGGAGGCGAAAAUCCGUCAAAUACUUGUUGAAAGGGGACCAUAUCAAAUUAAAGAAAUCGAAUUUCCUCUUAAUAAAGACAAGAUUUUCACCCUCGCUUUAUUUGAAAUUAGUGACUGGCGCAAAAAAGGCUAUUCUGAUUGGAAAAAUAUCACAAGAGCACUUACAAUGCAUGAAAGAUCUGCAAAGCAUAGAAAUGCUUUCAAAGCAUGGAAAGAACUAGACAUUCGUUUAAAGCAGAAAAAAACUAUUGACGCUGAAUACCAACGAAUUUUGGAUCUGGAAACUCAGCACUGGAGAGGGGUUCUUAAAAGAAUUAUGGCAAUAUUGGUAGAACUUCUUGCUGAGUUUGAUCCAGUUAUGGAAGAACAUCUCCGAAGAGUUCAACGCGAGUCUGAUAAAUGGUCUGUGACUUAUCUCAGCAAUAAUAUACAGGAUGAGUUGAUAAACUUGAUGGGAAAUAAAAUUUUAAAAGAAAUUGUGGAAAUCGCAAAAAAUGCAAAAUAUUUUUCUAUAAUUGCUGAUUGUACCCCAGACGUAAGUCAUAUUGAACAGCUCUCACUAACAGUAAGGGUAGUCGCUUUUAACUCUAAUGAUAAUAAAUAUAGAAUUGAAGAAUUCUUUAUUGGAUUAUUCUUUAUUGGAUUUUUUGAAGCUAGUGAUUCAACAGGAGAAGGACUGGCACAGCUAAUUCUGACACAAUUGGAGAAGUGGUCAAGCAGAAUAGAUGCUUUAAAGCCUCUACGAUAUCAGCUUUGCGAAAUCUAUGACGCAUUAAUUGAAAUUAUAGAAGACGCGAACAGAGAUGCAGAAACUAAAGUUAAAGCGCAAGGGUUAAAUUUGUCAGAUUGCGUAAGGAUGCUAUCAGAAGCCAUACAAAAACUGAAAACGUAUAGGCAGUUUGGAUAUGAACAGAUGAAAAUUGCUGCUAACGAUAUCGCAGGGGAUCUUGAAUGCACCAUAGAGUUUCCGAUUGAAACUGAAGUUAGAGCUAGAAGGAAGAAACGUCAAUUUGAUUACGAAGCAGUCGAUGAACCCUUAACAGAGGAGAAAAAAUUUAAAGUAAACUUUUUUAAUUAUACUCUUGACAUUACUCUUAAUUCUCUGACUGAACGAUUCUCGCUUUUGGAAACCCAUAGAAAUAACUUUCAGUUUUUAUAUGAUAUUCUGAAACUUAGAAAUAUAGAUGACAAAGUGUUAGAAAACUAUUGUACGAAUCUCCAGUCAACACUUUCUGUCAAUAAUGAUUCAGACUUAAGUGCAGCUGAUCUUCAAGAAGAAUUACAUGAUGUAUCUCGAAUACUACCAUCAGAAAUUCAUUAUGCCAAAUAA